UUUGCCUUAGACCCACGUAGGCCAUUCUUAUUUCUGCAUCAUGAACGCCAUUGCAAUGUGGUUUGGUGUGAUCUUGGCAUGCCUUUUGAUCGCAUCUUCGUCGUCUUUGCCACAGCCAUCACACAAUUUGGAGAAACGAAAUGCUCCGUGUAAAGUCUGCAAACAAAAACCUCUGGACAUCGCCUUCAUCAUCGACUCAUCGAGCAGCGUGUGGCCGGAGAACUUCACCCUCGGCUUGUGGUUCGUGCAGGACUUCGUUGACAUCUACGACAUCUCCCCGACCAAGGUUCGAGUCGCCGCCGUGACGUUCGGAGACCGCGUCUACACGGAGCAGGCGUUCCACUUUGGAGACUACACGGAGAAAGAAGCGCUCAAGAAGGCCAUCACAGACUUGGAGUUCAUGGCCGGACUGGCCACGGAAACUGGCGAGGCCAUCAAAUUUUACAGAGAAAACCUGAAGCCCGAGGGUCGGGACGGCGUGAAGCAGAUCUGCGUGGUGCUGACGGACGGGAACUCCCAGGACACGCAGAAGACGGCGGACGAGGCGCAACUCACCAGAGAGGAGGGCAUCGAGAUGUUCGCCAUCGGGGUGGGCCACUCCGUGUCCGAGACCGAGCUCAGGAACAUCGCCGGCACAGACAACAACGUCAUGUCCGUCAGCAACUAUGACCUCCUCAGAACUGUCAAGUCGAGGCUCGCAUACAAGGCUUGUGGCUCAAACCCAAUACCUGAAGUAGUCUGCCGAGACAACCCUAUAGAUAUCUCUUUCGUGGUGGACUCCUCGUCCAGUAUUGAUCCGAACGAUUUCCAACUGGGCCAGGACUUCCUGAAGGAGUUCGUGCAGACGUUCCACGUGGCCCCAGACAACACCAGGAUCUCUCUCAUCACAUUCGGCAACGGCGUCUACGAGGAGGACGCCUUCGACUUCGACACAUACGACGAGGAGGAGGACGUCGUCAACGCCAUCCGUGAUGUUCCCUUCAGGGCGGGCAAUUACACAUCCACAGGGGCAGGUAUAAAAUACAUGCUGGACAAACAGAUGGCCAAGGCUCGACCAGGUGUUGCUCGCAUCGCUAUCGUGUUGACCGACGGACAGAGUCAAGAGUGGCAGAAUACUUACGACGAGGCUAAGUUCGCGCAGGCUGCUGGCGUCUCCAUGUUCGCCAUUGGCGUAGGAAAGGUUGGAAAGCAGCUGUCCAUGGAGGAGCUGGAGAAGAUCGCCGGGAACAGCGACCACGUGUUCGUCGCCGCCGACUACAACGCCCUCAACACCAUCAAGUUCGAGCUGGACAGCAAGACGUGCAUGUCCGUACUGCAUACGUUUGGACAGAUUCCACUGUAGAGUGACUUGAUUCUACAUAUUACGUGAAAGACACGAUGUUCAGUCACAAGAAAAAUAAAACAUUUUUGUUUUGAGAUGAAAAUAAAUUGUUGUUUGAUAGCA